AUCUUGGCUAUCAGACUGGAAAUCAGAUAGCCAUGCUUGUUGAAAUUAUGUUUGAUAAAAAGAGUAAUUAGAUAUGAGUAAAUGUUUUUGUAAUUCUCUUAUGAAUAAAGGAUGUGAGCUUUAUUGUAUAGAAUUUCAGACAUUUAGUUGUUAUUGUUUUUGCUUCCCUUCCCCCUUCCCCUUUCUUGGCUAUACUUCCUACAGGUAACAUUGCCAAAUAGCUAAAUUCCAAAUUCAAAGUCAUUAGACAAAAAAGGAUGCAUUUUUUCCCCUGUAAUUUUUUGUUUUGAUCACUGACCAGCCUAGAAUGUUUACUUGUUUUACUUAUACAUAGGUCAAAAUGAAGGAAUUUUCUCCUCUCCUGCAGAGUACUGGUGUGUUGUGUCAAUGAUCAUUCCAGGGAAGGAUGAGGCAAGUGGAGGAGUUGUGGAAAAGAGCCUAGGAGAGAGCUUAGCUCUUUGCAGAUGCUUGACUGUCAGCUCAUUGAUGAAAGUUGAGUGGAGAACGAGACUGCUGAUGUCGUUCCAAAAGUCUUUGGGGUUGAAUAAUCAGAGUACUCUAAGCUUCUCAUUGGGGACUUGCUUCCAGUGUCUAAGAGUCUGGGCCAUUUACCAAGAGCAUGGCUUAGCUGAGCCGGGAUCUUCUCACUGCAAAUCAGUCCCUUUUCCUUUUUGUUUUUUCCCCAAAUAGAACAAAGCAAAAUAAAACAAAGCAGACUUUGGACUUGAGAAGGAGAUUAUUGAUAAUAGAUUUCAGAGACUAGAAGGGAUUUUAGGGAUUAUUGAAUUGGUCCCCAACCUGGAUGAAGAGAGAAUGGCUGGUAAUGUAAGGUCAGUUUCACCUGGGGCGAGUUAAGGGAGAAAAAGUUUUAGAUACAUUGACCUGCAAAAUGUAACAGUGAACGAAGUCCUCAGUUCCACUUUGCUUUGUGGUCAAAGCAACAAAACAACAACAGCCAUCACCAAACAAACAUCAGUAUCUGCUUGCAAGAAGAACAGUUUACAAACUACGAGAUUUGCUGCAGUGAUCGCUUUUUGUGCAGAAGCAAAACGGUGAUUAUUCUAUUAUCCUGAUUCAAUUAUCCAAACGCUCUCAGGGUCUGUGUCUUGCUUUCCUCCCCCUCUCCUUCUGCGCCUGCAGAGCUCUGCUUCGCUCUCCCCGUCUGGGCUGCUGGCCGCGGGGGCUGUGAUGCAGGUAUGACAUAUGGUCGGCUCUUGCCUCAGCUGGGAUCCCCUCUGGUGUCUCGUUAUCAUGCGCUGCCUGGUGGGGCUGCAUCAUUGUUAAAGGAGAUUCCAGCGCAGCGCGUGCGUCCCUCUUCUCUGGGACUACGAGGCUGCUGGGCUCGAAGGAAGCGGCGAGUCGGCUCAGGCGCAAAUAACUUCCUAUUACAGGGCUCACCUUCAUCAACAGAAUGAAUCAGAGAAUCAAGCAAUCUACUAACACUUCCUAAUUUCUUGUCAACCAAAGUAGGAGAUAUAUCUCCGAUCAAUAGCUCCCAACACAGUACUCCUGUGGCUUUUAAGGGAAGCAAGUCUGAAGUGUGACAUUUUUUCCAAGACUUCUGUCUGAAACUGACCUGAAAAAAAGUUCCAGGAGUUUUCUUUGUACAAAUCCUGUAUAUUCAGGAAAUGAAGUUCAUUUAAUUUUAGCAGAAGUAAUCACACAAAUCUAACUGGUAUCUCCAAGUACCAGUUGAUGCAGUGUGGAGACUGCACUUAAACCAUAUACUUAUAAUGGAUGAUGGUUAUAGAAAUACUGCAAAUCUCUAUCAUGGAGCAAGGGAUAUAGCUAGAGAAGCAAACCAGCAAUCUAGGAAUCAAGGAAUGGAUGCCUAUAGGUAUCAAGAUGGCAAUUAUGAAGGGUAUAUGCCCAAUGACAGAUAUUACCGUGGAGGAGAAGAAUCCAACCAAGAUGAAGAUGCUCAAAGUGAUGCUACUGAAGGCCAUGAUGAAGAUGAUGAAAUCUAUGAAGGGGAGUAUCAGGGCAUCCCCCACCCAGAUGACAUUAAGGCAAAGCAGAAAAAGAAAUCUCCCUCCAGGUCUGAUGACUAUAGAGACCAGAAAGAUCUCAUGGCAGAACGAAUGGAAGAUGAAGAGCAGCUGGCUCACCAGUAUGAGAAUAUUAUUGAGGAAUGUGGUCAUGGACGUUUCCAAUGGACGCUCUUUUUUGUGUUAGGUUUGGCCCUGAUGGCUGAUGGGGUAGAAGUUUUUGUGGUGGGUUUUGUACUUCCCAGUGCAGAAAAGGACAUGUGUCUGUCCAGUUCCAACAAAGGAAUGCUAGGGCUGAUUGUCUACCUGGGAAUGAUGGCCGGGGCCUUCAUCUGGGGUGGCCUGGCAGAUAAACUUGGGAGGAAGAAAGUUCUUGGCAUGUCUCUGGCACUCAACGCCUCCUUUGCAUCCCUCUCCUCCUUUGUGCAGGGCUAUGGUUUCUUCCUCUUCUGCCGCCUUAUCUCGGGUAUAGGGAUCGGGGGGUCCCUCCCCAUUGUAUUUGCCUAUUUCUCUGAAUUCUUAUCUCGUGAGAAGAGGGGAGAACACCUCAGUUGGCUCUGCAUGUUCUGGAUGAUUGGGGGAAUUUAUGCUUCAGCAAUGGCCUGGACUAUCAUUCCACACUAUGGAUGGGGCUUCAGCAUGGGAACCAACUAUCAUUUCCACAGCUGGAGGGUGUUUGUGAUUGUCUGUGCUCUCCCAUGCAUGGCAUCAAUGGUGGCCCUGAAGUUCAUGCCAGAGAGUCCACGGUUUUUAUUGGAGAUGGGUAAACAUGAUGAAGCCUGGAUGAUUCUUAAGCAUGUGCAUGACACCAAUAUGCGUGCCAAAGGUGCACCUGAGAAAGUAUUUACAGUUUCCCAUAUCAAAACUCCCAAGCAAAUAGAUGAGUUCAUUGAAAUACAAAGUUCAACAGGGACUUGGUACCAACGUUGGCUGGUUAGAUUUACCACUACUUUUAAACAGGUCUGGGACAAUGCAUUAUACUGUGUGAUGGGUCCAUACAGAAUGAACACACUGAUUCUGGCUGUGGUUUGGUUUACAAUAGCUCUGAGUUACUAUGGCCUAAUAGUUUGGUUCCCGGACAUGAUUCGCCAUUUUCAAGAUGAAGCUUAUAAGGCCAAGGAGAAAAUCUUUAAACAUGAGCAUCUAGAACAUGUCACAUUCAACUUUACACUAGAAAACCAGGUGCACGAACAUGGAAAAUUCUUCAGUGAUAAGUUCUUUAAGAUGAAAUUCAAGAAUGUAAUCUUUGAGUCUUCCAUCUUUGAUGAAUGCUACUUUGAAGAUGUGGUCUCUACUGGGACUUUCUUCAAAAACUGCACUAUUGAAUCAACCGUCUUCUAUAAUACAGAUCUCUAUCACCAUAAAUUCAUUGGUUGUCGAUUCAUCAACUCCACCUUUUUGGAACAAAAAGAGGGGUGCCACAUGGACUUUGAAGAAGACAAUGACUUCCUAAUUUAUCUUGUUAGCUUCCUUGGUAGUCUAUCUGUUUUGCCUGGCAACAUUGUAUCAGCUCUGCUUAUGGACAAAAUUGGGAGAAUCAAGAUGAUUGGUGGCUCCAUGCUGAUAUCGGCAGUCUGCUGCUUUUUCCUAUUUUUUGGCAACAGCGAGUCUGCCAUGAUUGGCUGGCAGUGCCUGUUCUGCGGGGCCAGCAUUGCUGCCUGGAAUGCUCUGGAUGUGAUUACAGUGGAGCUAUAUCCCACCAACAAAAGAGCAACAGCUUUUGGUAUCCUCAAUGGCAUCUGCAAAUUCGGGGCCAUCUUGGGAAAUUCCAUCUUUGCUUCCUUUGUAGGAAUAACCAAAGUGGUUCCCAUACUUUUGGCUUCUUCUUCUCUGGUGGGGGGAGGCCUGAUUGCCCUUCGAUUGCCAGAGACUCGAGAACAAGUCCUGAUGUGAACAACUUGGAGAAAAAGCAAAGACCUGCAGAGACAUAUCAAAGAAAAUUGAUAUGUCUCCACUCUUGCUAUUUAUCACUUUCUGGUGGAUAUCUCAGAUAACAGGAGAAGAAAAGCUAAUUUUGAGACCCAUAGUUUAGGACCAGUUUCAACUGUGAGAAUGCUCUGACCUCAGUGGAUUGUUUUGGUGGUAACCGAUAACCACCCAAAGGAACACAGAGCUUUGUGCAGUGCCUUAGGUCUCCCUAGCCUAAGGCACAGGGAGUAAAGGUACAGUGUCUCCUCUUCCAGUGAGUGCACAUACUGUGCAGGAGUGAAGGGGGCCAUCUCUGCUUCUUUCUCUUAGAUGAGGCAUAAGUCAUGGUUUGCAUUUCAAUAUUACUUUUCAGCUAGGCUCCUUCACAGAUUAUGUCAGGUUAGAAAAGUUAACAAAUUGUUUUAAAAAUUAAUUCUAUCUUUUUGAUUUUUGAUAUGAGAGAAAAGUGUGUGUAUGUGUUUUAAAAGAUUUUAAAAUGCUACCUGUUUCAAUUUCCUUUUAAAAAUUCAUGUAGAAGCAUCCCAGAUGCCCCCAAACAGAACCAAAUAUAUAACUAUUUGGAAUAGAAUUUGUUGAAAUUGACCAUGGUCCUCCAUCUUUGUUCUAUUCAUUAGAUUGAAAUUAUAAAAUCCAAUAUAAUUGAUGGGAAGUUUAUUUUUAAUUUAGUUUUAUUAGAAGGUGAUGCAAACCAAAUGUAUACAUAUAAUGACAUGUCAAAAGCGGGUAUUUGGACAUUAAAAUCUAGAAUAUGGAAUUUAGAGAUGCUUAGUAGCAUUUCACCCAUAUUUGGGAAGGUAUUGUUUUGGGGUACCAGUAGAUAUGGGUCAGAUGGAAUGAAAUGUAAGCACUUUUUUAUAGCCACUUAACCUGUUAUCUAGAGGAUGCACUAGCAAGCUCAUAUUGUACAGUCCAUUUAACCCAGGCACUUUUCUCUGCAUAGGUGGAUUAGUUAAAUUUUAUAUGUUGUAGAGAUUACCCAUGAAAUACAAAUAUAUGAUCCUAAUGACCGGAAUUUGACUUUUACCACUUAUUGGGACUCAAAGUAAAAUGAGUUCAGUGACCUUUGGCUAUCAUCUUGUUGGCAAUAACAACACGCUAUUCAAUGGGGUGAAAAAAUGGUCAAAUUUUCACAAAGUGUAGAUUCCUUUCAAUCAUUUUAACAGUUAGCCAGGUUAGCAUCUGUCAAAAGAGAACAUGUCUCAUGGGCAGGCAUUGCUACUGUGCAAAUACUACCUGCCUGUAUUUCUUUCAUUCAAAGCCUUUCCAGUGUUGGAGGAGAGAAUGGAAUAUUUACUCAAUCAGUUUUCCAAUACUCAAUAUUUUAAGAAAGUUGUUCUGGAAUGAUUAAAUCUAGAACUUAGAUGUGACUAAUCAUAUUGGAUACCUUGUAUAGAAAUAGGGGCCAUAGAUGGAAUGGUUGCCUCUUUAUUAUACAUAGCAUUUAUUUUGCACAUUGAUUUGCAGUGUGCUCUCUGACUGUUAAAUAAAUGUGAUUAUUUACUAUAAGGAAUACUUACUCAUGUAAAAAUAAUAACUGCAUUUACAUUGACUAUUCAGAAGUCUUCAGUUUUGGAGCGAGUUGUUUAGAUUUAGAGAUAAUUUGAGAUUGUCUCAUUCAAUACUCUCUUGAGUGUAGCUUUUUCAGCCUUUUCUUUGCUUCUCUAUUUGAUCUUGGCCCUAUCGCUAUGUACACUCCCAUUCUAAGAUUUCUUUUUCUUCUUAUUUUAUGUCAAAGAAAGAAGUCACAUCAUCACUAGCAACAUGAUCUUAAACCUUAUUCCACCCCCUGCUUCCCAUUCAUAUAUUUUGUAACUUCAUGUUAAUUGCCCUGCUAUUAAUGGUGUAUAGGGUGUAACUAAUGUGAAUGCUACCUCUUUUAUGAAAGAUUUUAUGUAUAUAGUAAUAUUUGCCACAUAUAAAAUGUUUUGGCUAACUUUAUAAGGAAAGAUCAUCUAUUCCCAUGAUUUCCAUGACUCCUGUCAUAUAAGUCUUCAGUAGAAGACCAGUUUAAUGGAUAAUCCCACUUAAAGAAGUCACAGGCUGUUGGAUCCUGUAUUUCUACUUAUGAUUGAUCUUUUGGAUCCUGAAAGUGAUGAACGGGGGAGUACUGGAACAGUGGUUAUAGCUCUAGGUUCAAUUUUAGUCAGUUCUCCAAGUUCUGUCUUCUCAAUUUAUAGGCAUCACUGCACCAUUUCUAUUGCUGCUUAAACCAACUCCCAAACCAACCAAGUGCAACUUUCAUCCUAUCCAUCACUGAGUCCCCCAUAAACAGUGCACCUAGUCUUCCACAGCCUUUAAAUAUGAAGGAUAACCCAGCAGUGGCUCAGCCACUUUCCCCAUGCUGUCAUGGUGGUUGAGAAGGAUAGCAUUCAUUAAACAUCGUCUGGAGGGCAUACCAUUAGGGAAGAUGAUUGGUUUCAAGGCAAUCCCUUAAAUAAAACUUGAUCGAUUCUUUGUUGUUUUAGUCAGAAAAGGAAAUGUAAAAGGGCAUAGUAUGAGACUAUAUUUUGACAGUAAAACUGGUAUGCCUUUCAUGAUUUUUCUGUUCUUUAGAAAUAGCAGAGGUAGCAUUGUAUAGAGGAAAGUCCGUCUUAAUAUUAGAAAUGCCUGGGAUCAUGUACCAUCUUGACACAUAUUAGCUUUGUGACUAUGACGAGUCAAUCCCUUAGCUCCUCAUCCCCAAUCCCAAGUCCUGUUAAACAAUAAAAUUACAGAUAAGAAUCCCAGAUGCACCAGCAGGAGUUCCCCAAGCCAUUAAAUAAUUAGUUUAGACUGAUAAUAAUAUUUUAAAGAAUUGCCCCAAUAAAUUAUAGGGUUUUUUGGAAACUUCAUUAGGAUAUUUUAACACUUUAUAGGGCUGAAUUCAGACAAUUGAUUUUUACUGAAAACAGCAGUACUUAACUUUGUGAACUUUUCACAUGAGACAAACCACAGAUAUUCUCUUAUUCACAGUCUUUAACAAUAUCUUCUUAGAUUUGUUCAAUUUUUUUUCUCAGAUUUUUGUUAAUUAAUGGACCUUGGAUUUCAUACCCCAAAAUUCCUUAAGCAAUGAGAUUUUAGCAACUUUAAUGUUUCCUAAAUUUUUUGAUGAUGGGUUCACAUGAGUAGUAAUUGUAAAAUGUCAAUUUCUAGACCUCAUAGAGCUAAUAAACACCUAUAGGCUUCUCCAAUUAAUUAAAGUUUGCUGAAAACAGAUGGCACUCUGAGGAUUCUCUUCUUCUCAGUUUAGUUUGCCAGAAUUUGAUUCCCUAUAUCAACACAGAUAAGAUAGAUAGCAAUAAUAGCAAUUUCUAGCAUUAAUGUUGUGCUUUAGGUUUGCCAAAUCCUUUAUAAAUGCCAUCUUAUUUAUUUAUUUAAUUUUACAGAAGAGCAAACUGAAGUAGCCUGAGAUCAAGUAAUUUGUCUGGGGUACACAGCUAAUAAAUGAUUAUGGUUGAGUUUGAACUUACGGUCUUUCUGGUAGCAAGUCUAGUACUCUAUCCCUUCACUACAGUUUCUCAAUUUUUUUUUUUUUUGUUACUCACUGAAACAUUUUAUUUUUCAAAUAGAUGGAUCUAGACCAUUGAUUAGUAGGUCCGACAGAGGGUGGGAGUGCAGAGGAUUAUUGGAAGGCAGUUCAUAAUUAGAUAAAAGAUAAAGUGUAGAGUUAGAAAUGAAAAUACAUUAAUUCAAGAUAAAUCAUUUCCUUAGAAAAGACGUUCUUAACUAUUUUUGUGUCAUGGAUCCUUUGGGCAAUCUGGUGAAGCUCAUCGACCCCAUCUCAGAGUCAUAUUUUUAAGUCUAUAAAAUAAAGUGCAUAGAUUAUAAAGGAAAUCAAUAAUAAUGAACUAUAGUUAUCUCCCCAUUUCUUCCUAAAAUAGUUGGUCAACCUCAGGUUAAACCCCCUCUGAAAACAAUAGAAUUUCAGAGAGUUGGAAAGGACUUCAUAAAUCAUGUAGUCUAAUCCAAACUUACACAGAAAUCAUCUUUAUAUUAUUCCCAAAGAGUUGUCAUCUAUCCUUUUCUUCAAAAUCUCCAUUGAUAGUGACCUCUCUACUAAAGUAGCUUUUUGUAAAACUCUAGUUGUUGAGAAGAAUUUUUCCCCUCCUUAAACUAACCAGAAUAUAUAGACACACAUUUGUAAUAUAUUGCCUUUUUCUUAUCUGCUUAUACAGUUAUGACAAAUUAUCUUAAGAUUAUUUGAUAACACAAAAUAUGUUAAAGUGGUAGUGAAAAUUCUCUCAGCAUAAGUCCCGCAUAAAUAAAGCCAGGUAGUUUGCAUAUAGCUAUACAUAAAGCUAUAUAAUAUAUGCAUGUAUAUCUAAUAGGCCAUAACCCUUCUGAAUUGGCUGAAAAAUAUAUUAGUGCAUCUCAUACCUAUAGUAGAGACAUUAAGAGUUGAUAGUAGUGUUAUUAACCAAAAUUGAGUUUUUUUGUGUUGGGCAUAUUUCUUUCUUUCCCAUCCAUACCUUUCAAAUUUUUUUCUAGUUGUGGACCUGUAGACUUCAGUGAAAGUACUAAAGAUUUUAGAUUAGUGAUUGACAGAGAAUUUGAUUUACACAUGGUCAGAAAUCUGUAGUCAUAACUUUUUGAUUGUACAUUACAUUUAUUAUUGAAAUUUAAAGUGAUAUCACUUACUUCUAAAUAUCCUUGCCUCAACUUCUCCUUAACUAUUGUGUCCAUAGGAAGUGAUGGAGAGUAUUAGACACCACAAAACUAACAGUCUGACUUAUUAAUAAUAUCAUAAGAAUUCUUUGUUUUAGAAAUUGUACUUUGAACAGAAUAAAAAACAAGAUUUUGAAGGAAAAGUAAAAUAAAAAAUAACUGACCUCAUAUUGAUACUACUUAUCACAAUAUGUAUUGCUUAUUCUCCUUUAAACUACCUUCUUCUCUCCACCUUUUUUUGGCUUUUUUUGAUACAGAGGACGUUACAUGUUUUGGGAUAUUAUAUGAGACACAGCCCACAGGACAGUCUGGGAAUAUGUCAAGUUGAUGCAGCUUUUGAAUUUGAGACGUGCUUUAAGCAAAUUCUCUUUAAUGUACAGAGAUAGGGUAUAGAAUUUAGAUGCAUGCUUUUGUGCUUACAGUGAGGUUUCCACAGAGACAAAUCAGGAAAUGCCAGAGAAGUUAGUUACAGAGGUUAAAUAAAAAAGUAAAAUGUGUUAAAAUAUUUAAUUAUUACUGAGUAGUGAGGCAUGUACAUAGCAAAUUGAGAAUAUACCAUCCAUUUCAAAACCUUCCUUUCCUCAAAAACACAUUUAGAUUGCCCUAGACUGUGGUUUGCAUGUCUUAAACAUAUUACAAUAUUUUCAAAAGCAUGGAUGUGUAUUCAGUAAAAGAAAAAACAAGAUCCCCUCAUCUGUUCUCUAUCAAUGUGAAUGUGGAAAUAUGUAUUUUGAAACAAGUGGGUUAGUUCGAUUUCUCUCAGCUGACAUUCCUGAUGGGGGUAUAUGACAAGGAGUUUACAUUCAAAAAGAAAUGCACAGCCUUCCAUCUCUAAUGUAAUAAAAUAUCAGUAAUUCAAGCUAAAAAGAAAUAUGAAUUUAUGAUCAUUCUAAUAGGGGCUAAACUGAAGCUUGCCUUUGCCAUACCCAUCUAUGGAAAGAAAAAGAAUGGUCAGAUAAAUUGACAGUAUAAGCAAAAUAAAAAGGAGAAGUUUUAAAAACUACUUGAGAAUUAUUAAACUCUUCAAGAACCUCUUUUUUUUUUUUUU